CACACAAAUAAAAUAGCGUCGCGGAUUUAAAGUCUUAAAGGAUUCGAGUGGCAUCUUGCUAAUUAGCUCUGAUAAACGUUUCCCUUCCGGAUCAAUUUUUCAUUUUUUUUUGUUUGCUUUUCACAAUUUUGAAAACCCUAGCCAAAUUCUAUUUCGUUUUCGCAGCUAUGAAUAACUCAGAUCCGAAAAUCUCUCUUUUGCAAAAAAUUUCUACAAUCUUUCUUCUUUUCUCUAUCUCUCUCCUCGCGUUUUCCUCUUUACUGACCAAGUCUUCCUUAGAUUCUCUCUGAUUUCGACUUUUUUGAAAAUUCUUGUAAGUAUACGAGGACCCAGUCUACUUCCGAAAUCAACAAUGGUGAUCUAAAGAUCUUAAAAAAUCCCUCUUUUUCUUCUUCUUCUUGUGAUCUUCAGAUCUGGGUUUUAUAUAUUCUCCAGAAUUGGUUUCUGUGGUCUUUAAAUUUCCAUACUUUCAUUUAGCUUCUUUAAAUUUCCAUCGAGUUUGUUAGAUUCAUACAAAUCCCAAAUCUGAUUUCAAAAUUGCAUUGUCGAUUCGAGAAAAAGCUUGAAUCUUUAUUACGGUAUACGCCCCUUCAGCUCUUGAUGCUGUUGCUGAGUUUAAACCUCCAGAGAAAUUAGUUUCUAGGCAAGAAGAAGGAAGCAAACUAUGGGUUGCAUUUGCUCAAAAGGAGUUCGAACUAAUGAUGAUUACAUCGAGACCAACCAUGUGAGUAUUCCAAAAGACAACCUCAAAGCCUCCAAGAAACACUCUUCUUCAUCGAGAAACAACGAGAAUCCAGAUUCAGAGGAAACAAACGUUAAUGAAAACGAAGCUACAUUGAGGCUAAUACCAAGCGAUACCAAUAACCACCUCUCUGACGAGGAAGAGCAGGAGGAGAAGGAGAGUUUUGAGAUCAAAUCGUCUGAACCAGUGCUUCAAAAGGAAAGCACUGUGGAGUUACUUGAUAAUGUAGGACCAUUACAACCUAGAAUGAGUAGAAUUGGUAGUGUUAGGAAUGGGGAAAGAACAGCUAAGGUUAUUGCUGGUUGGCCUUCAUGGUUGGUUUCAGUUGCUGGUGAAGCUCUCAAUGGUUGGAUUCCUCGUAGUGCAGAUUCGUUUGAGAAAUUGGAGAUGAUAGGACAAGGGACGUACAGCAAUGUGUACAGAGCCCGUGAUCUCGAAACGAACCGGAUCGUUGCGCUUAAGAAGGUUCGGUUUGCUAAUAUGGAUCCUGAGAGUGUGAGGUUCAUGGCUAGAGAGAUCAUCAUCCUUCGUAGGCUUAACCAUCCAAACGUUAUGAAACUCGAAGGGCUAAUCAUUUCAAAUACUUCGGGAAGUAUGUAUCUUGUGUUUGAGUAUAUGGAUCAUGAUCUUUCAGGCCUUGCUUCAACCCCUGGGAUUAAGUUCUCUCAAGCACAGAUUAAAUGCUAUAUGAAGCAAUUGCUUGUUGGGUUAGAACAUUGCCAUAGCUGUGGUGUGUUGCACCGUGACAUCAAGGGAUCGAAUCUUCUUCUUGAUCGUAACAAUAAUCUGAAGAUUGGCGAUUUUGGUCUCUCUACUUUUUACCAUGGCCAACGAAAGCAACCUCUGACCAGCCGUGUUGUGACCUUGUGGUACCGCCCGCCUGAGCUUCUUCUCGGGUCGACUGACUAUGGAGUCACCGUCGAUUUGUGGAGCACGGGAUGCAUUCUUGCUGAGCUCUUUACCGGAAAGCCUCUUCUUCCCGGAAGAACAGAGGUUGAACAGAUGCACAAGAUCUUUAAACUCUGUGGAUCACCUUCUGAGGAGUAUUGGAGAAGAUCAAGAUUGCGUCAUGCAACAAUCUUUAAACCUCAACAACCGUACAAGCGACGUGUAGCUGAUACAUACAAGGAUCUUCUUCCUCCUUCAGCUUUAGCUCUCCUUGAGGUUCUUCUAGCUGUAGAACCGGAAGCACGUGGAACCACAUCUUCUGCUCUUCAAAGCGAGUUCUUUACGACGAAACCUUUUCCAAGCGAGCCAUCAAGUUUACCGAGAUAUCAGCCAAGGAAAGAGUUUGAUGUCAAGCUUCGUGAAGAGGAAGCAAGAAGAAGGAAAGGAUCGAGCAGGUUAUCCAAAGCUGUACCGGCUCCUAGUGCCAAUGCCGAGUUACUAGCAUCAAUACAGAAACGUUUAGGGGAGACUAACCAGACAAGCGUGAGUGAGAAGUUCAAUCCUGACAAAGAUUCUGGCUUCGGUUUUCGGAUGGAACCGCUGAACGGUAUUACCGCGCAAAACCCUUACCCGGUUUACUCAAACGGAGGCAAUCCUCAACCUAACGGAUCAAGCCAGCUUGGAACACAGAGGUCUUAUGUCCAACGAGGAGCAGCACAAUUGUCAAGAUUUUCAAACUCUGUAGCACCUUCUAGAGAUGGUUCACAGUUUGGUAGUGUGAGGGACGCGUUAGUGAACCAGCGAUGGCUUGAGGAUAGUUCAGGGAAUUGCAAUCUGUCCCAAAGAUUGCUUGAGAAACCUUUCAAUGGUUUGAAGAAAGAUGAUGACCACUCAUCCUCUAGCAAAGAAUCUAUAAUGAGUUAUGAUGGUGAGAAGAGAGAUAGGAUUCAUUACUCAGGACCAUUGAUUCAAGGAGAAGGAAACUUGGAUGAGAUGUUGAAAGAACAUGAAAGACAGAUCUUGUUGGCUGUACGGAAAGCUCAAGCUGAUAAGGCUAAGAGGGACGAUAACAGACAGGCUCGAGCCUCGCUUCCGGCUAAUGGAAGGUGAGUGAUUUUGGGAGACAUAUUCAUAUAAAGUUUCUUAGAUUUCUUAGAUGAAGUUAAAAUAAAAAGCAAACUUUUGGGAAAAUCUGAUGAUGGUUCUUCACCAUACUUACCUUUUUGUUUAGACUUGUAUGGUUCAGAAGAAAAGGGGUUAGGACUUAGGAUCUUGCCUUGUAUAGUCAAUUGCUAACGUUUAUCUGAUUGAUUCUUUUUUAAAUAAUCUGAUAAAAUCUCAGUUUAUGAAUCAUUACUGUUUCAAGUUGGGUUGUGAAAACGAUGUGUUAUUCGUCAACGGGUUCUCGAACAAAAGCUGGGACACAUCACAAUGAUUGUUCUAUACGAAUGCUUGAGGAUUUCUUGAUUUUGUGAAAGCAUUACAUAGUAUUUAUUUUACAAGAAGUGUAUAAAAAUAGCAUGAACUUACAACUCGAACUUGACAAUGAAACUUGAUGAUGAUGAUGCUCUUGGAGAUCAGAAUCACCAUCAUACGAGUUGUUCACCGCCUUUUUUCUCAGUCUUUGCUUCUGCGACUGGUCCAUGUUUCUUUUCGACUUUAUUGUCUGUGAUUCUCUCUCGAGGGCUACACAAGAGUCUUCCGAGAAAAUGGGAAGCAAUUGCCAAGAAGAUGAUUGCUAUGACGACCAAACACCAUUCCCAAAUUGGAACCUCCAUUUUUUGUUUCUUUAGCUAUGUUUCUUUCUUGGUCGCACCAAAGCAAACGCAGAAGAAAAGAAGAAGAGAGAAGUUGUUGGUACUGUUGACCAAAAGGCAAGAGGUUGUGAAGAAAUGACGCGCAAAGAGUUGUGGAUGGUAAGCCAAUU